CGUCUGUAGCGGCCCCGGACUGUGCAUCUUACGGGAUAAUGUGUUAUGGCGGUUCCUAUCUUGAGGUGGCAACGAAUCACAAAUUCUGCAGGGCCUCAACCUCGGCCGCGGCAUGGUCACAGGGCAGUGGCGAUUAAAGAUUUGAUGGUGGUCUUCGGAGGAGGCAAUGAAGGCAUAGUAGAUGAGCUGCAUGUAUUCAAUACAGCUACAAACCAGUGGUUUGUACCAGCAACAAAAGGAGAAGUACCACCAGGAUGUGCAGCAUACGGGUUUGUUGUAGAUGGCACUCGAAUACUCGUCUUUGGGGGCAUGGUCGAAUAUGGAAAAUACAGCAAUGAACUGUAUGAAUUACAAGCUAGCAGAUGGGAGUGGCGGAGGUUACGACCCCGCCCUCCGCGGAAUGGACACCCACCGUGCCCCAGACUUGGACAUAGUUUCACUCUCACCAACAGUAAGGUCUUCCUGUUUGGAGGCUUGGCAAAUGAGAGUGAUGAUCCGAAAAACAACAUACCAAGGUAUCUGAAUGAUCUUUAUACUCUGGAUUUGAAGACGAGUACCACUGCUUGGGACAUUCCACAAACAAAGGGUACACCACCAUCUCCAAGGGAGUCUCACACAGCAGUGGCAUACACACAGAAAGCCACUGAAGUAACUCGUAUUGUCAUUUAUGGUGGAAUGAGUGGUUGUCGUCUAGGGGACCUUUGGUUUUUGGAUUGUGAUACUUUCUCAUGGACGAGACCUGUAUUGAGAGGAGUCCCGCCCUUACCACGAUCUUUGCAUACAGCGACUUUAAUAGGUGAAAGGAUGUUUAUAUUUGGAGGUUGGGUGCCACUAGUUGUUGAUGAUGUGAAAGCAGCAACGUUGGAGAAAGAAUGGAAGUGCACAAAUUCAUUAGCAUCCUUAAACCUAGAAACUCUCACAUGGGAGCAACUUGUAAUAGACACAAGUGAGGAAUAUAUGCCUCGUGCUCGUGCAGGACACUGUUCUGCAGGAAUCCACACGAGGUUGUAUGUGUGGUCUGGUAGGGAUGGAUAUAGGAAGGCGUGGAACAACCAGGUAUGCUGCAAAGACCUGUGGUUGCAUCCAAUGCAGCCUCAUAAAGUUCAGUUGGUUAGAGCCCAAACUGAAGAACUCGAACUAUGUUGGCCAGCAGUUCCCACUGCAGAAGCUUAUCGUAUACAGCUACAUAGAUAUGAAAUGCCACCAAAUUGGAGUAUGCCAUCAUAUCCCCCAGUACCGAUCAGAUCUCCACCACAACCUGUUCCUUCACCAACAAAGAGCCCUCCAUCUCAGGUUGAGAAAACAUCUCCACAAAAAGAUAAUACUUCAUGCAAAUCUGCUGCUAUUCUUAGCACCCCUGUAAUGUCCCCACCAUUGAACAUUCCACAGGAGAAAUCACUGAGUGCAGAACUGGAGGAUGCUGAUGCAGACUUGUUGUCCUUGCAGAACAUUAUUGAACCUUUGCCAUCAACUAAAAUAACACCACCUGCGUUACCUACCUCCACAGUUCCAACAGCUGUUACUGGCAUAACACCAGCAAAUCAAAUGAAACCUCAAGUCGGUGUUAUUGCCACUCCUACCACAAAAUCUUCAUUGGCUUCAAUGUUAGCAGGAAUUAAAUUGCCAUUGUCUUCCAGUAACAUGCCUGAUCUGGUACCUAACACCACUGCAGUGACUACACCUACUACCACAACUGUCUCUACUCUACCCACUCUGCCAGUGCUAACUUCCCCCAUUACCUCUCCCAAAAUGACUGUACUUACGACAGUGUCAUCACCCACAAGAAUUGCACCACAACCACAGAAUGGGACAAGGGUUGCAACUGUUGCGUCACCAGCUCGCAGCAUUAUUCCUGUGGUUCAACAGUAUUCACCUGGAAUUAGAGCAUCUCCGCAGGCGACGUUACUUAGAGGGGUUUCUCCAGCACAAGGAAAGCAAAUAAUUUUACAGAAGUCAGCCAAUUCCACUGGAUCAAACCUAGUAACAUUUGUGAAAACAAGCCAAGGAGUCACUGUUGCGAUGCCAAAGACUUCGGUGGUGCAAGCAAAACCGGGAACAGCAGGUCAAGUAACAGCAAUUCAAACUGGGCAAAAAACAAUCCCAGCUGCUACAAUUGUAAAGCUUCUGAGUGGCAAUCAAGGCACAGGUGUUCAGAUACCACAAAUAAAGGGUGUGCCAUCAAACAUAAUGGUCACUAAAGCUCCAGGUCCUGGAGGAAAGCAAACAAUUGUUAUUACGAAACCUGGUUUGUCACCUGCUGGACCGACAGCAGUUGGUGUCCGACCUGCAACUGGACAGCAGUUUAUUGUUGUUACGACGUCACCUGGGAUCCGCACCGUGCAGUCAGUUACAUCAUCACAAGCGGGAAAUGCUACAGCUGGGGUCAUAUCACCGAAUGUAAAUUCACUCACAGCACCGAAUGCAGGAGCCAUGAAGAUGAUUGUCGUUUCAUCAGCGUCUGUGCCUGGAGGAAAUGUUGGCAAGCCAAUAACCAUAACAGUCCCAGGUGGUCAAGGAGGCAGACCAAAGACUGUUACUAUUGCAGCAAGACCUAGUGGUCAGGCAGUGAUAGGCUCUGUUCCUGCUACAGGGCAGAUUAUAAGCUCAGUUCAGCCCUCACAAACUCGCAUUGUGUCUACACAGCCUGCACUAACACUGGGUGCAAAACCAGUGACAAUGCAGCUAACUACAGCAGAUGGGGGACAAAAAAUGUUGACAUUACUGCCCAACAGUGGAACCACAAUGCCACUUGUAGCAGGAGCUGAGAAUAUGAGUUUAGGUAGCAGUUCAGCCGAGCUUGUGGCGGCCCUAGGUCAGACAGUCAGUACAUCUGCUGCUGCUACCCGCCAGCUUCAGCCCACCUCGACAAUAGCUUCGAGUGAAGGACCUGCUACUACAGAUGCUGCACUGGCUGCUUUGGCCGCAGAAGCUGGACUCCUUGACCCACCCUUAGAAAACUUGUCACCAGCUUUUCUUCAAAAAGAACUUGAGGGUGACGGGAGUGAAAUGUCACCAAAUUUAACAGGUGAUGAGCUCCAGUUUCCAACCUCCCAAGACAACUACAGAAGUGAUGGUGUAAGAAUGAACAGUACAAACAGUGACAAAUUAGUUAUCGAUGAAAAUCUGGACAGCGGAAGUACAACGGGUGCUGACAGUGAUAUUGCCAAAGCUGCUUCAGAACUGAUGCAACUUAGUAAUCCAGAAGUUUGUAGCUUGGCAGAUGAACUUAGAUCUAUUAAGGAAAGUCAUUCGUCUGGCCUCGGUGAAAGUGCAGAUUGCAGCCUAAAUGAUGUUUUACAAUCGUGUACUGAUGGAAAUUUACAUGCAGAAAUGUCAGGUCACUCUCCAAUAAGUGCAAUGAAGUUCCAAAGUGAGCCCUCCAUAGAAGACCCUACAAAGGGAACAGACAUUGAUAACAGUGCUAUUAGUGCAGCGCAAGGAGAAAGCAGUUUGGGAAACAAAUCUGGACUGACAGAAAACAGAGAUUCGGAAUUCAAUUUGCGUGAGACUGACAGCAGUGCAAGCUCUCUGCCACUGAUGAAGACAGGUGAAAUGGAGUCUGAUGCUCUGUCCACAUUAGCAUCUGCAGCACUGGGCUGCAAGCAGGCACCGACGAAUGGAGCGCCUGUUCAACCUGCGGAGCAGAAGGGCCCUGUGGUCACACAACUGCCAGGAGCACCAUCAGCUAUAAAAAUUUUAAAGGUAAAUGAUGGUGUUAAUCUGUCUUGGGACCCUCCACCAAAUGAGGUCAUUAUAGAGUACUCUGUAUAUCUUGCAGUACGCAGUGCCACUUCUCAAGUACGGGGAGAAAAUAAAACUGUCUUGAGUACAUCCACCCAGUUAGCUUUUAUGAGAGUCUAUUGUGGACCUAACAGUAACUGCAGGAUAGAACCUCAUCAAAUUGCUGAAGCUCACAUUGAUAAAAAUACAAAGCCUGCCAUUAUAUUCAGAAUAGCUGCUCGAAAUGAGAGGGGAUACGGGCCAGCUACACAAGUGAGGUGGCUUCAAGAUACAACACCACAAACCAAACCAGCCAUUCUAAAACGACAGGCAGCAAUAAAACCACCGACUGCCACAGCAGGUAAUCCAGCAAAAAGGAGAAAACCAGAAGACCAGUCUUGAAAAUGCCAUUUGUUUGGAGAGUUGUGGAACACUUGUGCAAAUAGUUCUAAGUCGAACCAGAAAUAAAUUCCAGAAACAAUUUGUGAUGGUAUCUAGACUCGUUGUCAUUUCAGUUACAUCAUCUUAAUUUUUGUGAAGCUUGGUUGAUAAAUUCAAGCAUUCUGCAAAUUUGUGUUUUGUCCAAAGUUUCUACAGCUGUCUUGAUUAUCUUUGUGGAAAUGUGUUAUUUCUUACACCAAGGAAUUAUAGCAGUGUUACAAUCUUUCUCUGCACACUGGAGCAUAUAGAGCUUCAGCAUUUUGUAAAUAAUUUUAUUAAUUUUGUGUCAAAGAAAUAUCCAUUCUUAUUAAAUGUUCAACAUAAAGCACUUUAUCUGAAUAUGAUAAAAUGUUCUAUUCCAAAGGUUAUAAAAUGCUGAAGUACAUUUUAAAUUGUAUUUGAAUUAAUAUUCAUGUAUGUCUAAUUGACCAAGAUGUGGACAGAUAUGUGUGUAGUAAAGGCUGAAUUAUUCAUGCACAACAUUUCUGCCCCUACAUUUAUUAAAGUGUUAACUUAGACCUUUUGUGAGUCAUUGAAUUCAGUAUAUUGGAGAGCAGUGCCCACCUUCCAUCGUGUUGUCGUGCUGAUCUCUCUCUUGCCCCUAUAUAUUUUAUGUAGUGUCCCUUGAGGUGUCAGAAAAGUGUACAUGCAAAUAAACGUAAGAAUGUGGAAUAAUUUUGCUGUAAUGAUUUUGCAUAUAUGUAGAAACUGCUUUUAAUUUUAGUUUGUAACAAGAAUUUUACACAAACCAUACCAUCAUAAUUUUAAUAUGAACAUUUUCUCUGAUUAGAUGUUUGUAUGAGAAUAUUUCAAAACAAAAAAGCAGUACAAACUGAACUCGCUGCUGUUUUUAUAUUACUUGGCAAAGCCAAAUGUAGAAGAGACAGUUAGAGGAUUCGUGCUUCAUCACGACACAGUGUAGCCAUAUCGCUUGCUGUUAUUUGUAGUUUUGGCAUCACACGUGUUAAUAGAAGUGUUUACAGGAGCAGCAAAAUUGCAAUUUUAUUUUAAGGUUUCCAGAGUAGAUAAAUCGUGAAGUGUAAAGAACAGAACAUGGGUAACAAACUGAACUGUUACAAUAGAACACAUCGGAAUCGAAACAAAAAGUGCAUUCACACAUUACUCAGUGAAUCAGUGCUAACGAAGCUGCAGUAUGCUGUACUAGCCAGAAUUUAAAUUUUAUGACUUGUCCUGUGUAUUUGAUGCAUAAGUGAUGAUAAAAUACAUGGCAACCAGCCCCACUUUAAUUCUCUCUCUCUCUCUCUCUCUCUCUCUCUCUCUCUCUCUCUCUCUCUCUCUCACUCACUCACUCACUCUAAAAAAAAUGGGGCUUGAACUUAUUUUCAGCUAGUUUAUAAUAUGAAAGAAGGGAAGUGUUUAAUUAUUUAUAAAAAGUACUCAUAUAUUUUUGUAGUGAUACUGUACUCUCAUAGUCAUAAAUGGUACAUAAAAUAUUACAUGAAAAAUUAACACAUUAAAAUCUGAGGUGAGCUUUAUCAUCUGUACUAACUGAAAGGAACUUAUUAUAUCAUGGCUUUAGACUUUGUACCCAAGUUGAUAGUGUCAUUUUUUGCAAUAUUUUAACAGUUUUUCCAUCUGUCUUUUUUACUGUGCUGAGGAAAGACUUCAAUUUUUGCUGUAAGGACUCCAAACUGUAAACUGGCAAAGCUGUGCACUGUCGUGAUUGUUUCUGAUGCUGACAGUAGUAUCUCAUUGAAAGUCUGCUCCCCUGGUGUUCUUUGUAUUAAAUUCAUACAAUUUCUGCACAUAUACCAAGCAAGACGGCACAGUGAUUAUGGCACUGGACUUUGAUUUUUUAGCAGAGUGUGGGGAUCGGGAAUUCAAAUACUUCUCUGGCCAUCCAGAUUAGGUUUUCCAUGGUUUCCCUAAAUUGCCUAAGGUAACAGAAGGUUUUUGCUAGGACUUUAUCAAUUUUUGACCAAGUCUGAGCUUGUGUUCCAUACCUAAUUACCUCUUUCAUCAAAGGAAUGUUAAAUCCUUAUCUUCCUUCCAAAAGAUCUAAGCAUAUUGAAUGCCUUCAUUGGCACAGUAAUCUCAAUUGUCUCUUUUAUUACACUGUCCUAAAAUUUCAGUGUUGGCGCUAAGAUGCUAGUAUCAAGUUUAAUUAGCUGCUUGAAUCAGGUGUAAUAUUGUUUGUCAUUAUAUCUUCUGAUACAGUUUUAUAAUUUGUCAAACCUGCAUGUGGCACUUGUGUGAUAUGCAGUAUAAUUCAGAUAUUAAAGGCUUAGAUCUUAUUUAACAAAGCAUAACUGACCUGUUUUGUAAAAGGGUCCGAUAUAGUCAGGAAACCAAGUUUUUCAUUUAUUCUCUUCUUUUUAGGCCUCCAAAAACAGAGUAUAUUCUGUGUACCUUAUGACUGUAGGAUGUUGUAUGCUGAAUAGACUGUAAGAAAUGUUAAAUGAAGAUGUGAAGAACAUGCAACAUCUCAGUAUAUUUGCUAUUGCUGAGAAAUGCCUCGCAUUUGAGAUGAAAUGAUCUCAUUAUUGUGGUACAGGUUCUGUGCUUCUGGGACUGUGAAGUAAAGGAGACAAAUAAAAUUAUUGUUGGUUGUAUUGGAAAAUUUAAUUAAAGCCUGAAAUCUAGUACUCAUUGUGCUUGAAUCUUGUCAGAAUUCAUUUAAACCCGAUUCAGAAAUGUGCCUGAAGCAGCUUCAGAACACUCCAGUCAGUGUUGGGAAACAAUUGCUGCAUGAGAUGCUGCACACAGUAUGUCCAAGUUAUAAUUUGUAGUUCAAGCAGCAAACAACAGCGAUAUUUAUGUCAGCGUAGAAAAUAAUUGCCCAGGAACUGCCUAUGGAAUAUCAUGAACAACAGAGGAAAUAGAUGGUCCAUUUCUAUUCUUCUAACUACUGUGCCUGGCAGUCUUCCAGUGUUUGUGUAAUUGAAUAGAGGUUUACAGCAUCCGCUUGAAUCAAUAGUAGAGUGUAUGAGGUGUCUGUCCUAGUCUCUCUUUUCAACACAGUGAUGAAGCUACUCUGGUUUUAUCUUCAGUUCAAGUUAGGUGAUGAUAAUCCUUAUCAAUAAAAAUCAAGGUGUUAAAUGACACUGGGGCAUUGUAGACCAACCAUUAUAGUCCUUCUCAAGCUAUUAAGUGGGAUGGGAAUUAAUUUUAUUCCAGAAAAAAGUGGGGAAACUAUGAUGUAGAACUAACACUGGUUUUGUUGUAGUAGUGGAGAGGCAAAGCAUUAAGUGGACAAGGUAGAUAUGUGGGUGAGAUGUGGCAAGCUUCAGAAAAUACCAGACACCUCAGUGCAGUAUAUUGUGUAAACACCACAUGUAAGCUCUCUUACUGAUGCAUGCAAAGAAAUGCAGAGAUACAGUGGAUACAUAAUCCUUAUUGGUGUUCUACAUACACAUUCUGCAUUUGGUAAUCUAGUGUUUCUUCUGUCACCAUUGACUGAUUAUGCCCAUCACACCAACAGUUGCCAGAGCAUACAUAUUGCAAACCUGCAGUUUGAGUAUGUAAUUGUUCUGUGAUGGUAUCAUAACAAUAAAAUAGUAAUGAGAAAAAAUUGUCCUAGCUGCUUUAAAUGAAAUCACUCAGCAUGCCAUUCAGCAGAGUAACAGGGAUAAGAAAUUGAUUUCACCUUCAGGGUAAUGGGACUCCAUCAUCAUAGUUCCACACAGGACUUAAAUUACAUAAAUAGCAAUUAAGUAACGAAGUGCAAUACUUUGAAUAUGACUGAAAUUAGUAGUAUGACUAAGUUUUACUACAUCCAAGACUUCAUUUGGCUUUGACGAGUAAUACUUUAGAGAGAGUGUGGCUCUUGUUAUAGUCUCAAUUGUGAGGCAGGAGAGGGAACAUUCUGUUUUUAGAAACAUUGACAACUACUAUGUUUAAUAAUGGCUGUUAAAGUAUUGUAAAGCUCUUAAGAUGUGUGUAAUAAGAAAAGAAGCAGUGCAUCUUUCUAGUGUGUUAGUGCUAGCUAGUGGCGCAAAUAAGAUGGCUGCAUGUGCAACAGUGUUUAAAUGAUAUUGUUGUGUGUCUAAAUUCUCCUCAUCACAGCACAAAGACUUUAGAUAUAUUUAUUUAACAUUUAGUCCCUUUGUUGGUGCAUGUUCUAUGUACAUUUUUUGGUUACUGUGUAAUUUUGUUAAUAUAUUUAUGAUUGUGUUGUGGUGUCAUUAUACUCACUGACUCUUCAGAGUCAAUUUGGGACUGAAACUGAAGUAGUAUGCUGACACUGAGCCACAGAUUUUAAUGUAUAUGACAGAGAAGAACAUAUUUUAAUGUAUAUGACUGCUUAAAUAUUAAUUUAGCUUUUUUUUAUUUUUCUCAUGUAAAAAAUCCCCCUCCCCUCCCCUUUCCUUUCCCUUUCCCUUUGCCUUGGUGUGCUGCAAUGGGACACUGAGAACUACAUGUUCACUGCCAUUUGUUGUUAUUUUAAUCAAACUAUUGAUACAUUGCUUGAAAACAGCCCUGUAGCCAUGUUCUUAAAGUCCAGCAUUUUGUUUUUAUUGAUUAUUAUUGUCUGUACAUGAGACACAUUUUUUAUUAAAUAUAUUAUAUUUAUAAA